CACCGUGGACACGUAAUUUCACAGGCCCUGAUUUCCUUGCAUUGCGAACCCGAAGGAUUGGCCCGCAGAGAGCGCGCUGGCGCGGAGCAGGCAGGAAGAUACAAACCGACCCCUCCCGCUUUUCGCCAGCGCCCCAGCGGCUGGGGAGGCCCCCGACUCCCCGCAACGGGGACUCGGCGGGUGGAGACGAGUCUGCAGGCCCCCGGGCGUCCGGGCGCCGAGGGCGGGUGCACGGCCGGGCGGAGCCGAGCGGGGAAAGGGCGGGUGCGUCAGUUUCACGCGCGGGGAAGGAAGCCGGCCGGAGGCCUCCGGGACAGCGGGCGCGGGCGCCCGGGCACGUCCGCAGGCUCGGCCGGGAGGUGGCAGACGCUGAGAGGCGGGAGAGCCGAGGGCGGGCCUGGGAGGCGGCCCGGAGGUGGAGCCGUCGGGGGCCGGCCCGCGCGGGCUUCUUCUGCGGACGCACGGCCUGCGCCCUGCAGCUGGGGACUUGCCGGCGCCGGCUGAGCUGCGGCCAGAGCGGCUAUGGGCCGUGGCUGGGGCUUCCUGAUCGGCCUUCUGGGCGCCGGGUGGCUGCUGGCCACCGGCUACAGCGGGCAGCAGCCCCCGGAGACGGCGGCGCAGAGGUGCUUCUGCCAGGUUAGUGGUUACUUGGAUGACUGUACCUGUGAUGUUGAAACCAUUGACAGAUUUAAUAACUACAGACUUUUCCCAAGACUGCAAAAACUUCUUGAAAGUGACUACUUUAGAUAUUACAAGGUUAACCUGAAAAGGCCAUGUCCUUUUUGGAAUGAUAUUAGCCAGUGUGGAAGAAGGGAUUGUGCUGUCAAGCCUUGCCAUUCGGAUGAAGUACCUGAUGGCAUUAAAUCUGCAAGCUACAAGUAUUCUGAAAAAGCCAAUAGUCUCAUUGAAGAAUGUGAACAAGCCGAAAGACUUGGAGCUGUGGAUGAAUCUCUGAGUGAGGAGACUCAAAAGGCUGUUCUUCAGUGGACCAAGCAUGAUGAUUCCUCAGACAACUUCUGUGAAGCUGAUGACAUACAGUCUCCUGAUGCUGAAUAUGUUGAUUUGCUCCUUAAUCCUGAGCGAUAUACAGGUUACAAGGGACCAGAUGCGUGGAAGAUAUGGAAUGUCAUCUACGAAGAAAAUUGUUUUAAGCCACAGACAAUUAAAAGACCUUUAAAUCCUUUGGCUUCUGGUCAAGGGAAAAGCAAAGAGAACACUUUUUACAGUUGGCUUGAAGGCCUCUGUGUAGAAAAACGAGCAUUCUACAGACUUAUAUCUGGGCUACAUGCAAGUAUAAAUGUGCAUUUGAGUGCACGAUAUCUGCUUCAAGAUACCUGGUUGGAACAAAAAUGGGGACACAACAUUACAGAAUUUCAGCAGAGGUUUGAUGGAAUUUUGACUGAAGGAGAAGGUCCAAGAAGACUUAAGAACUUAUAUUUUCUCUACUUAAUAGAAUUACGAGCUUUAUCUAAAGUGUUACCAUUCUUUGAGCGCCCGGAUUUUCAACUCUUCACUGGAAAUAAAGUUCAGGAUACUGAAAACAAAAUAUUACUUCUGGAACUACUUCAUGAAAUCAAGUCAUUUCCUUUGCAUUUUGAUGAAAAUUCUUUUUUUGCUGGAGACAAAAAAGAAGCAAAUAAACUAAAGGAGGACUUUCGACUGCAUUUUAGAAAUAUUUCAAGAAUCAUGGAUUGCGUUGGUUGUUUUAAAUGUCGACUGUGGGGAAAGCUUCAGACUCAGGGUUUGGGCACUGCUCUGAAGAUCUUGUUUUCUGAGAAACUAAUAGCAAAUAUGCCAGAAAGUGGACCCAGUUAUGAAUUUCAACUCACCAGACAAGAAAUAGUAUCAUUAUUUAAUGCAUUUGGAAGAAUUUCUACAAGUGUGAGAGAAUUGGAAAACUUCAGGAACUUGUUGCAAAAUAUCCAUUAAAGGACAUCAGUUGAAAUGUACGUAUGUGCCUGUUUGUGGACACUGGAGGCCAAAGAGUGGAAUUGCAUUCAGAGGCAUCACAGAAAUGACAGUCUUAAGCCAAACAUUUUAUAUAAAGCUGCUUUUGUAAAGGAGAAUUAUAUUGUUUUAAGUAAGCCAUUUUUAAUUGUGUUGUCAUAUAUAAUAUUAUUGUGAGUAAAAGUGAUACUUUGAUAAUGAGCUAUAAAUUUUAAAGUUUAAUAUGGAAUAAAAUCAGGAUUAUCUAAUUUCUAUAUGGGAAAACUAAGCAAAUGAUGUUUUACAUCUCUCAAACUAGAUUUUUGUGUUAGCUGUCAUACAAGUAAAAUCAUGGCCAAUAUGACAACCAUUUAAUGGAAAAAUGCUAGGAAAUAGCUUAAUAUUUUUCAAAGUUUUUUAGGUUACCAGAUUUAGCAAAUAAAAAUACAAAAUGCCCAGUGACACUUGAAUUUUAGAUAAAUAACAAAAGUUUUCUUAAAUUUAAGUAUGUUACCAGUAACAUUUGGGAUAAACUUAUACUAAAACGAUUUCUUAUUUAAAAUUCAAAGUUAGCUGGGAGCCUUUGUUUUAACUGGCAAAACUAAAAUACAUUGGUAUGAAAUAAAUAAACUUUUAGAAUUAUAUUGCUAUUUUCAUUGGGUUGUUUUGUUGUGUAGAAAGACACAAAGGCAACUCAAAGGCAUAUGAGAUUUCUUAAUGUUAUAAAAAAGAUGAAUAGAUUUAUAUACUUAUUCUCAUAAAUAAGUCCCUAAUCUGAAUAAAAUUUGGGGGAAAUGUUUUAUUUUUAUAUAAUUUAAAAUUUACAGAAAAGUUUUCAGGAUAGCACAAAGAACACACUUUACCCAGAUCUACUAAUUGUUCAUAUAGUGUUAUCUUUCAUGCUUUCUAGUUUUCCUUUGUCAUUUGAAAGUCAAUUAUAGGCAUUAUACCUUUGAACCCUAAAUUUUUACGUGUGUAUACUAAGUGGUUUUAAAUGAAUUUUUUUUUCAGAAGAGAUCUGGAACUAUAAUACUAUGAACCUAGAAUAAGGAAUCAUUUUGAGUUACAAUUUUAAGUUGUUUUUGUUUUGUUUUGUUUUGUUACCCCUUUCAUACGUGAUUUAUAGUUAAGGGCAUGUAUAUUUUAGUUUUUGUAUAUAAAGUUCUUUUUAUUUUCCUUUCUAAAACUAAACUGUAAUCUUGGACGGUUCUCAUUAAUAGAAUAAUGAAAAUAAUCCUCAUUGGUUAAAAUGUUUUUAAAGUGUUUCAGCAUUUCUAUCACAUGGUAAUUGUAGGUGACAAAGAAACAAAGAAACUGUUUACCUCAAAAUUGUGUGCUCUUUUUAUGUCUAAGCAGGUAUACCAUAUGAAAUGCCUCGUUAUUGAUAAAGCAGAGUUCAUACAAUGGAUUAGAGAUAUCAUUUUACAUUGCUGUAUACUUUUCCUUUUCUGUGUUCCUAAGAACGUAGUGCCAAAAAGAGUAGUGGGUAAUAAGACAUAUUUGUUGAAAUGAAUCUAUGAAUAUGUAUUCAGUAUAUUUGAAUGAAAUAGUUACAGAACCAAGAUUAACAGUGUGUGUCCUAUUUUCCUUUCAGUUUUUCUGAAUAGGGGAGAAAAGGAAAAAUAGUAACCUACUAAUUAGGUAAAAAUUACCAGAGACUCAAAGGAUUCUUGAGUGAGCAUCAGAUAUAAAAGCUUUAUUAAGGUCAUUUGUAAUAUUCUGAAAAUAUUGUAGAUGGUUUUGAGUGGUAAUUUUGUCUACAACGCUCUAAUGCCUUACCUUUUUUAAAAAAUAGCCAUUUAAAAAAUAAUAUUUCUGUCUUCCACUUGGUCACCUUCCAUAUGCUCCUUUACUAUAAUCUGCUUCCAGCAUUCUUUCUUUGAAAUUAAAAUCCCCAAUCAAAACCCACAGUUUAAUACAUAAGCCCAUUUGUUUGUUUUAUUUUAGGCCACACCUGGCGAUGCUCAGGGGUUACUCCUGACCAUAUUCAGGAAUUACUCCUGACACAGUUUGGGGGUGAGGGGUGGGGUGCCACAUGGGAUGCUUGGGAUCGAACGUGGGUCAGCUGGGGCAAUUGUACAGCGCUCUGUUCACUGUAUAAUUGCCCCAGCUCCCAUAAGCCCAUUUUGCGACUUUUUUCCCCUAUUUUUUCAUAUGACUUUCUUUUCCCUAUAUUUGACAGUGUGUAUGACCCCUUUAAAGAAAUCUUUUCCCUCUGGGUUCUUUGUAUUUCAAUUCUUUGUGGAUACCUUCUUUCAUUGUCUUUUUUCAUUUUACUCCUUAAACAUUAUUCCUGAGACUUUCCUCUGUGCUCUCUUUAUCUGUUGGGAAGGGCUUGUCCCCCUGUGAUUCUUGAUCAACCAAACUGGAGUUUCAGUACUAGGACCUGAAGAUGACCAUCAGGGUCACAUCCAGUAGGCUCAGGGGACCAUCAAUGCUACCCGAUGAUAUUUGUAGGACCACGUACUGCUCAUGUACUGCUAGGGAUAGAACCAGGGUCAGGCGUGUACCCUAGUCCCAAUACUUCCCACCCCAUACUUUCCCCCCAACCUCCUUUUUCUCUUAGUGACCAUCACUUCUCACUUUUGGGUAACUCUAAUUCAAUGAUUUCUAAAUCAUUAUCAUUAAUGCAUACUUACCAAUCCAUCUGCCUAUGUAUAUCUUCCCUUUGUUGUCCCAUAGACACCUGUGAAUGUCAUAAAAUAAUCAUUUUCUCCAAAGUCUACUGCUAUGCCUAUGAUCCUUACUUUAAGAACUAUGGUCAUGUAUAAAUUCUCCAGAAUUACUACACAUUUCCAUCUUCCUUCCUAUUAAUAUCUUAUCAAUAUCUUAUCAAUAUAUCUUAAUAUCAAUAAGAUUUAUUGAUAUUAUUGAUCAAUAGAUAAUCGAUCAAUAUCUAUCUAAAGAUUUGUCUAUAUAAAUCCAAUUCAUGUCAUUGCUCUAAAAGUACCACAUGAAGUUAUCUUCUUAUACCUAGCUUGUUUUUCUCUGCUACCAUAAUUGGCUUUCUAGAAAUAUAAUAAUGUUGUAUCCUACUUAUCCUACUUUGGACAAACUGGCAGACUACCCAAUGUAACCUGCCCACAUGGCAGAGUCUGGCAAACUCCCCGUGGUAUACCCAGUAUGCUAAAUACCAGUAACAAUCAUGGGUCUCAUUCUCCUAACUCUGAAAGAGCCUUGAAUAUGGAACUUUUAAAAAAAAUCUCAGGGCUUGGACGAAGGAGAUGUUACUGGGGCCUGCUCGAGGCAAUCGACAAAUAACAGGAUGGUCGUGAUCGUGAUCCUACUUAAUGUACUUCAGUACUUCAUGAACCUUUAGGAGGAAGCAGAAUCCCUUUGCUUGGUGUUCUAGGCCCUCUGAGGUGUAUCUAUUCCCACUUUCCACCUUGUUCUGAUAAAAUAGACAUAGAGCUCUUUAGAUGCACUGUGAGCAGGCCUCAACACCUUGAUGCAUUAUAUUUUUCUUUGUCCCAAGUGCCCUAACCAUCUUUCCCCACUGGAAUGUUUCUUGUGUCCUUGCAAGCCUGGCAUAAAUUAUCAUUUGUGUGAAAUCUUCCUUGCUCCAUUCAAGGAACGUUAGCUAACUUUCUUUUGUGUCACCACUGUAAUUACAGCCUACCUCUAUUGUGUCACUUAUGUACUGUAUUGGAUUUUUUCUUUUUAAAGAUUCCUUUAUUAGAAUGUGAGCUCCUUAAGGGCAGGAAAAGGAACGUUAUCCAUUUUUGCAUAUUCAUAGCACAUUUUCUGGGAUAUGAGCACUUAAUAAAAUUGCUUUUAAAUGAUAACUGCAUUAAUUAUCAUAUAAUAUAACAUUCACUCCAAAUCUUCUUUACAGUAAGAGCAAGAAGAUUCCAAGGAUUUGUGGACUUGAUGGUGGUGGUGGAGGUGUCAAUAAAGUUCCUAAAAUUAUAAUGAA